AUAUUAGCCCUAUAGUUUCUUUUUAUUCCAGCCAAUUUGAAGUGAUUAAAUUUUAAUGGAUGGUUUUCUUUACAAAAAUAAUUUUAUUAUAAGUUUUACUGAAAAUAAUUUAAUGUUUUUUAAUGAAAUAUUUCCAGAUCCACAAGUUAAAAUAGAAGGUUUGCCUAUAAAUGUUGGAGUAGCUAAGGAAAUGAUUAUGCAAGUUCUAGAUGUUAAGGUAGACUUAUUAAUCGCUAAGAAUGCUUUAAAAUCUCUUUAGAAGGACCAAGUGACCUUAAGGAUGGACAUUUCCUAUACCGAUCAUUCCCACUUGAUCGGUAAAAAAGGAGAGACCAUUCAAAAGGUCAAAAGCGAUACCGACUGUCACAUUCACUUUCCCGAUUCUAACAGAAAUGGAGUUGUCAAAAGCAAUAGAGUGACGCUUACCGGAAUGGCAGAAAAUGUCGAACGGGCUAAAUUGGCCAUAAGAAAAUUGAUGCCGAUAGUUUUAAAAUUGCUCAUUCCCUCGCGUUGUCUGAACGAAAAGAAUCAGACCGUAUUCUCCGACAUUUUGAGAAGUAUAAGGGAACGACAUCUCAGCUUUAAAUUUAAUCCUCCUGCCGAUUCCAUAAGAAUAUUGGUGAUAAGGGGUCAGAGAGCCGAAAAGGAAAAAUUUGAGGAGAUACUCGGAAACAUCGACAGGCUUGUGGCAUCAAAUCGACAGGUGGGUUUAUAAAAUUAAGCACGCCUGUUUAGGUUUUGUUUUUCCAUCUCAUUUUGAUAUCAAUUGAUGAUUCUAUAUUUUACAUUUUAAUUUGAUUUAAAAUUUAUGUAUCUAUUAUUAGUAGCAUCUAUUAUUAUACUAUUGAUUCUAUCACUACUCACAUGUGAGAUUCUAAAGCAAUGUAUCAAAUCAUAUUCAGAUUCUUUCCUGUCCCAUCUAAAAAUUUGUUAACAUAUCUUGAACAUCAAUUGUGAAGAAUAAUCAGCAUGAUUAUUGAACAUGUUUGAAAUAUUCCAGUCUCCCAAUUGGUAUUGGAACUCCAUUAAAAGUUCUCUGAUGAAACAGAGUGAUUAUUCUUGUCUGUAAGACACAGAUUUAAAUAAGAUAGAUGAAACUGUUUUAUUUUAGCAACAGACCUUUAUUGUUGAGCAUAACACACGAGUACAAGUGAUUUAUGGGGAAGCUUUUCAAGAGAACGUGGGUUGAUUACAAUAACACCUGGCAUAUCCACCGUGUCCAAUACAAAAUAGUAAAUUUAUUUUAAUUUUAGCAUUCUAGAUAGUUUCAAACAGCAUGAAACAAUAUUAGGAGACAUAAAUUGAUGUCGGAUAUGAUUAUUCGUUUUUUAAUUCAUUUUUUAAUGUUCUUCUAUACGUAAAUCACAAAAUCAAAUCAAUAAAUUUCAAAGAUUCCUGUAAAUUUUCAAUACAUACUUUAUUAGAUUAAAAAAAAUACCCGAUAAGGAAUUUGAAAAAAUGUUUUCAAAUCCCUUGUCAGGUUGAGAUAUUUGGGAUUAAAGUAUCAAUUAUCCUCGCACUGCACCCACACAUUCUGUCAGUAUUAUAAAGCAAUAGACUUUUUUAUUGCUAAAUAUAACAUCAUCUCGGUAACCAUCUGGCAUAAAUGACCAGCUUUUACAGAUCUCAAAUAUGUUAUUUAUAUAGAUGGGUGUCAAGGUGGAUUUUUGGCAGUAGAUCUUGUUCUAAAACUAUUGUUUUGCAUUGUCUCUCUCGUAGUUUGAUUUUUUUUGAAAAAAGUUAACUGUAAUAUUUUAUUAGUUUCAUAAAAGUAAAAUUUCAUUUUUUUUAUAAAUAGAUACAUU